AUGCUGCUGCUUCGUGGUGUAGCAAUUUUGCACUUGACCCUUACCAUCAAGGCUGCCACCAGUUCAUGUCCACAUCUGUGCUCAUGUUCUCAGGAUACAGUCAUUUGUACCGGACAAGAUCUUCUCAGGAUACCAUCUAGAAUACCACCUGAUACUGUACGAUUAGACCUUCAAGAGAACAAAAUAUCGGAGAUACGAAAGAAUGACCUUAAAGCUCUACGUCGACUCAAAAUUUUACAAUUGAUGGAUAAUCAGAUUCACAUGAUCGAAAGUGGCGCCUUCGAUAAUUUAAUAGCACUAGAGAGGCUGCGAUUAAAUAGAAAUCGUUUGCGAACAUUGCCAGACAAAAUCUUCAUCAAUAAUGUCAAUUUACAUCGUCUAGAUCUAAGUGGAAAUUUGUUAACUGUGUUGACUGAUGCGCAAUUACAAGGACCGAAAUCGGUGCGCAAUUUGCAAUUUGAUCGAAAUUUUCUAACAUGCUUAGACAGCCAUGUGAUAGCAACAUGGACAGAAAUGGAAAUUUUAACACUAAGUGGCAACAAUUUGAGUACAAUGGGACAGCUUGGACCAAUGCCCAAUCUCCGCAUCUUGAGAUUGGCGGAAAACCCAUGGCUUUGUGACUGUCGUUUGCGAUGGAUGAAAAAAAUCAUUUCUAAUUCACAUUUACUAGCUCGAAACACACUAUGCCAUCGUCCAGCACAUUUGAAUUCUCGCAUGCUGGAAAAUAUCAAUGAAACGUUGAUGAAAUGCUCUGGGAUUGAAAAACGUGCAGCCACUUCAUGUCGUGAUGCUUCAGUUUGUCCCUCAGUUUGCACCUGCACCGAAACAACGAUCGACUGUCGAGAUCGUGGUCUAACACAUAUCCCUGCCAAUCUGCCCUCAACAACCACUGAACUAAGGCUUGAACAAAAUCAAAUAACCUAUGUACCUCCUCGAGCAUUUCAUAACCUUCAUCAACUCAAACGACUUGAUCUCAGUAAAAAUAAUAUCGGGAACAUCGGUUCGCGAGCAUUUGAUGGAUUGAAGUCAUUAAACUCACUUGUCUUGUAUGGAAAUAAUAUAAGUAAUUUACCGUCGGAAGCGUUCCAUGGACUUUCUAACCUUCAGUUAUUGCUUUUGAAUGCCAACAAGCUUCAAUGUCUUCGAAGGGAUACUUUUUCAAACCUAACGAACUUAAAUUUGCUAUCAUUAUAUGACAAUCAAAUUCAUUCCAUUGCUAAUGGAACCUUUGAUGGAUUGAUUAACUUAACGACACUUCAUUUAGCCCGUAAUCCAAUUAUUUGUGAUUGCAAUCUUGAAUGGCUUGCUCAUUUAUUAGCUAAGAAAGCUAUAGAGACUAGUAGUGCACGUUGUGAUUCACCAAAACGAGUAGCUCACCGACGUAUAUCCACAUUACAUCAUUCGAAGUUUCGAUGCAAAGGGUCUGAAGCGUAUGUAACAGCUAACGCAGGUCGCUGCAUUAUUGACCAUCCAUGUCCGGUUGGCUGCCUAUGUUUAAAUACGUUUGUUGAUUGCAGUAAUCAAGGUUGGACUGAUUUUCCACGCAAAAUACCUCGCUAUACCACCGAAUUACGUAUGUCAAACAAUAAGAUAGUUGCCAUUCGUCUUUCAACGAAUCUUCACUUCGAAAAUCUAACCACAUUGCUACUGGAUGGUAACGAAAUCGAAUUCAUCGACAGUGAUUCGUUAUCUGCAUUGGGUAAAAUACAAGAGCUCGAUUUAAGCCGUAACAAAUUGCAACAUUUUUCACCUAGAAUAUUUGGAAGUGGAAAUUUGCAAAUUACUAAACUAAAUUUAAGUCACAAUCAGAUCAAAUGCUUCUCAGUUGAUUCGUUCGCGCAGCUAGCAGCAUUAAAAUCUGUAUCGCUAGAUGGGAACGACUUCAUCUGUAACUGUCACAUUGUUGAUUUUGUUUAUGAUCUACGAAUGAAUGGGUCACACUUACUGAAUUCUGCUGUUUGUCAUGAACCGCUUCAAUUACGGGGUCGCACGAUGGCAUCUCUCACAAGGGACGAAUUGUUCUGCACUGAGGUUACGGAAAAUACUUGUGCGGAAGAUGAUAAUUACUGCCCGGCUGAUUGCAAAUGUCAUGAAACAGUAGUACGCUGUUCGAACAAGAAUCUUAAGAAAUUUCCGGCUGGCAUACCCGCUAAAACUACUGAAUUAUUACUGGACUCAAACGAUAUUGUCUACAUUCCUCCUGAACUGAAUAAAUUGAAGCAUCUUGUGAAAUUAGAUCUAAGCCAUAAUCGGAUUGUUUCAAUUGAAAACGAAGCAUUUGCAAAUUUGACCAAACUGUCAACUUUGAUACUUAGUUAUAACAAACUUGAAUGUCUGGGAGAAGAGGCAUUCACACAUUUAACAAGUUUACGUAUUCUCUCAUUGCACGGAAAUGAUAUUUCAAUUUUGCCAGAGUCAGCUUUUGCUAAUCUGCAUAACAUUACACAUAUAGCUCUUGGAAGUAAUUCUUUGUAUUGCGAUUGUCGUAUUGCGUGGUUCAGUCGAUGGAUAAAAAGGCGUUUUAUUGAAGCUGGGAUUGCUCGUUGUGAACUUCCCUUGAACCUUCGAAAUCAGUUACUGUUAUCAGCCAAUGAAUUACAGUUCAAAUGCACCGAAAAGGUUCCAAGAAAUGUGUUGAUUAAAUGUGAUGCCUGUAUUGAUAGUCCAUGCAAAAAUGGCGGCACAUGUCAAAGGAUGAAAGGAAGGACAUUUGCUUGUAAAUGCGCAGCCAGAUAUCACGGAAAAUACUGCCAAAAUAAAAUCGAUGCAUGUUAUGGUGAGCCGUGUUUAAACAAUGCCACCUGCAAGAUACUUCAAGAUGGACGUUUUAAAUGUCACUGUGUAAAAGGUUUCGAAGGUGACCAUUGCGAGACUAAUAUCGAUGAUUGCACAUUUAAUAAAUGUCAGAAUGGAGCAACUUGUAUUGAUUUAAUAAAUUCUUAUGAAUGUAAAUGCCCAGCAACGCAUAUAGGACGUUUUUGUGAGGUAAAAAUGGAAUUUUGUUCGAAUAAAAUGAAUCCAUGCGAAAACAAAGGAGUAUGUGUACGACAAGCUCUUUCUUACAGAUGUAAUUGCCUACCUGGUUUCACUGGCACCAACUGUACGAUAAACAUCGAUGACUGUGAGCAUAAUUUAUGCAAAAAUGGUGCAGUUUGCGUUGAUGGUAUACAGUCGUACAAAUGUGAGUGUAUUAGCGGAUAUACAGGAAGGUUUUGCGAAUUAUCACCAAUGUCAACUAAUUAUUAUCCGAAUACAUCCCCAUGUCAUGCGCAUUCAUGUGAACAUGGUGUAUGCCAUGAAUUAGGAAGCGAUGUGUUUUGUAAAUGCUCUGAAGGAUAUACUGGUAAGCGGUGUGAACAACUGAGAGCUGUAGGAUAUGUCCACGAUGAUUCAUUCAUCGCCUUGGAACCCUUUAGUGCUUCACCGGAUGGGAAUCUAACCUUCACUUUGAUUACUACUGCUAGCAUCGGAGUCGUCAUGUAUUAUGGCGAUAAUGCACACUUAUCGAUCGAAUUAUACAAUGGUCGUUUGAAAAUUUCAUUCUGUGUGGGCAAUUUCCCCGCAUCUCACAUGUACAGCUAUGUUACUGUACAUGAUGGACGUCCACAUCGGAUAGAAAUUUACAUCAAAGGAAUAACACUAACAUUGAAAAUCGAUAAUCACGAGCCACAAACUAUUGUCAACAGUGGUCCAGAAGAAGCAUUCAUAUUAAUAAGCAAGAACUUCUUAUAUGUUGGUGGUAUCCCAACUUCUGUUGCCAUUAAAGCAAUCACUGCUUUUCAUUUGAAGCAACCUCAUAGCUUUAAAGGAUGCAUUUCCGACUUUUAUGUUAAUGGUGUAGUAGUUGAUUUCGAUAAAGCGGAACAAAAGGAAAGGGUUUUAAAUGGAUGUUUCAAAAGUGUCGAUCUCUGUAAUGGUGUUCAGUGCUACAGUGGUACAUGCACUACGAAUUCCUCAUUAUCCAAUGGUUACAUCUGUCAUUGCCCUCCUGGUUAUAGUGGUACGCAUUGUCAGCGACGUGAAAUUUUCUGUGCCAAAGAGAAAUUUCAUCAUCAUCACGUGGAAGGUAACUGCCGUUCGACAGAACAAAUUAAAAACAGUCGAUGUUAUGGGUGGUGUGGCAGUGACAGUAAACAGUGUUGUACAGUUGUGAAAAGUAAGAGGCGCAGAUUGAAAAUGCAUUGUAGAGAUGGUAGUACUACUUCGCAGAUCGUUCGCAUUGUACGAAAAUGUCAGUGCACUGUGGAAGCAGCUUGUCGUGCAACAUAG